AUGGCUGCCAAUGCGCCUUCGUCAGCCUCCAAAGAUGGUGUUCCACCUCGUCGACCGACUGCAUCCAGUGGCACUGCUGCGAGUGCCCGUCGACCGGCUGCGGCAUCAACAAGCACCGCGAGAACAGCCACGAACGCGUCAAAGGCCCCCACCACGGCGACAUCGCGCACGAGUACAGUCGGAUCCAGCUUGAAUAAGCCGCCAACGCGUCCAGCGACAGGGACUACAGCCCGUAGAACCAUCUCGUCUUCCAAAACCACAUCGGAUGCAGAGCCAGACCUUUCAUCUGUCACUUCGGGCGAUGAGAAGAAGAGAACCACAGUGCGCCGGACGCCCGUCACACCAAGUGCUUCGCGACCAUCGCCGGCCAAGCCAACGUCGCGGCAAUCCAUUGCGCCCUCUACCACGACGACUGCAGCCAAGCGUCCCGCAGCAACGCGCCCAUCCGCAGACGCAGCGACGACCCGCGCAACCCCACGUGCCUCCCUUGCUUCAUCCACACGGCCGACCCCUACUCGACCCACUACUGGAGCACGAGCUGCCGGCGCAACACCAAAGGUGCCGUCAGGCAGCGCGAAGAAGCUGUCCGUCUCUGCCCCUCCACCCCCAGCACAGGAGACCGAAGAUACAGCAGAGGAAGCAGAAAGCCCCGUCAUUAUAUCUCCUCGCCGCCAUGCUCCCCUCAAAGACAAAGCGGCGUCGGACAACGAAGCCGGAAACCGCAGGAGCGCUCUCGAGCCCAUCAGGGCAUCGCUGGCGAAACUCGGCGAAGAGUCGCCGCGACCGGAUACUGCGCCGACGGGACGUGCCGAGAUGGAUGUGGAGAUGAAAAGGCGGAGCGCUCAGAUCAUGCAGGACUUCUUCAAGGAGACCAGCUUACGCGACAAGCUGCAGGAGCAGUGCGAAGACCUCACCCGUGAAGUCGACAACCUACAUUCCGAAAAGGACAAGUUGCGCAAACAGUUGGCGGAUGCUCAGGCCGCCAUCGUCGAAAAGGACAAGGCCAUCUCAGGCGGCUCAGAUGCCUCGCCAUCACAGCACCGCGCCCACACAAUCCUCGUCGAGGACAUGGAAAAGAAGUUUGCGAGAGAGACCAAGCAGUUGGAAGAGCAGAGCCAACAGCUCGAGGAGGAGAAAAAGUUGGCCCAGGAGAGAGAAGCUACUGAAGCUGCCAAAGCCAGCGAGCUGCAGCAGGUCCUUGACGAUCUAAAUGCCGAGUUGGAACAACAGGGCCGACAGUGGGACGAGGAGAAGAAGAGGCUUGUUGAGCAAGCCACGCAGAUUGAGGAACUCACCCAGGAGGUUACCACACUUCGGCAAGAGCGCGACAGCCUUUCGCAAGAGCUGAAUAUUGCCAAGAAAACACUGGAAAACCUCGAGACGAAAUUCACAGAGCUCGAGCAGAGCCAGUCGGACAAUCUCCGUGCGCGCGAUGCUAAGAUCACCGAGCUGACCAAGACUGUCGACGAGUACGUGGAAGAAGUUGCCUCUCGGGAGGAGAGACACAACAACGCCCUGCAAGAAGCACAACGAUCCCUCGAAUCAAAAUCAUCCGAGUCUUCGGCUGUCGUUGAGCAACUCCAAUCCGAAAUCGAAUCGAUACACCAGAAGCACACGGACGAAUUGCGCCUCAAGGAAGAGACAAUCGCAUCGCACCUCCAGACCCAAAAAGAGCUACAAGACGAUAUUGCCAAAUUGCAAGAGCGGGCCGACCAAGUGUCGGCAGAUCUAGAAAAGGAACGUAAUGCGCACGCGGAACAGAUGCAAGCCAAGAUCGAGGAGCUACAGAAGAGUUCAGAGGAUGAGCUGCGGGCGAGAGAAGACGAGCUUUCCAGCCAUCUCAAGUCCAUCGAUGGCCUUCAGGAACAGAUCGUGGCGCUCCAGCAAGGCUCAACUGAUGGCGCCAGAGUAGCUGAAGAGCUCCACAAACAAAUUCGAGAUCUGAAGGAGUCACACGAAGCUGCAGUCAAGGUCAAGACUGAUGAGAGUGACGAGCUUGUCCGACAACUGGAUGCCAUGAACGAUCAGCUUACCACCGAUGCUGCCGAGGUCGAACAGCUUAGAGAAGAGACAGCUAGUCUGCGCAGCACCAUCGAGACACUCGAAAAAGCCUCUCAGCAGCAGGAAUCUCAAUACGCUUCCGAUAUGGCUAAAGUUCAAGCUGAGUUGAACGAAGCGAACAAGAAGAUGGAGGCACACAAAGCAGAGCUUGACACGAUGCAUAACAAGCACAAACAAGAUCUCCGCGUCAUUGGUGAGGACUACGAGCUUGAGAUUGAGUCGCUGAGAGCAGAUCUGGAAGGAGACGCCACGAAGCGACUCAAUGCUCUGCAAGCUGAUUACGACUCACUUGUUGCUGAGAAGAAUGAUACCUUAAAACAUCACGAGGAGACACUUGCUGAUCGAUCCAGUGAAUUGGAAGCUCUGAAGAAGGAGCUGGCGGACGCCAAGGACAACUCCGCUCUCGCAACACAAAAUCGUGAUGAUGCUCUUGCCAAACUCAAGGAUACCGAAGAGGAGAAGGCCGCUCUCGCGGAGGCUCAUGGCACUUCCCAGUCACUAGUCAUUGAUCUUCAAGCCCGCGUCGAUGUCCUCACCCAGGAGGUUGCUGCUGUCGAAGGUCUCCAGUCUAAACUAAACAGGCUGGAGGAGGAGAAGGCAGCUACAAUAGAUGCACACACUAUGUCUCAGUCAAUUAUUGCCGAUCUACAAGCUCGUCAUGACUCCUUGUUGGAAGACAAGACUUCAGCUGAAGAUGCUCAUAGUCGUGCUAUCGAAGCUUUGAAGCAAGAAUCCGAGAGCCAGUCGAAACAGCUACUCGGUGAGCUGCAAUCUAAGUAUGAUGCUCUGUUGGCAGAGCAGAAGGCUGCCGAGGAGGAACACCACAGCGCCAUCCAAUCUUUGAAGCAGAAUGCUGAUGCCGCUUCCAAGCAAAAGAUCGAUGAGCUUCAAUCCAAGUACGACACUCUGCUACAGGAGAAAACUGCAGCCGAGGAUACACAUGAACAAGCCAUGGAAUUUCUGAAGCAAGACUCUGAAACGCGGUCAAAGCAAAUAACCACUGAACUGCAAUCGAAGUACGAUGCUUUGCUAGAAGAGAAGGAGGCCGCCGAGGACGAAUACCGUAAGACCAUCGAAUCUCUGAAGCAGAAUGCCGAUGCUUCUUCCAAACAAACAAUCGACGAGCUUCAAUCCAAAUACGAUACUUUAUUACGCGAGAAGACUGCAGCCGAUGAAGCGCAUGAAAACGCCAUGGAAGCCUUGAGGAAAGACUCAGAGAGCACGUCGAGACAACUUCUUGAAGAGCUUCAGACCAAGUACGACGCACUGUUAGAGGAGAAGGCAGCGACUGAAGCAACACACUCGCAGACGAUAGAAGCUUUGAAGGCGGAGUCGGAGAGCACGACCAAAUCAAUUCUAGGCGAACUUCAGACCAAAUACGAUACGCUGUUAGAAGAGAAGUCUGCAGCAGAUGAGGAGCAUAGCCGCGCUAUCGUGCACUUGAAGGAGGAAGCAGAUGACACGUCCAAACAGCUACUGGCCGAGCUUCAAGCCAAGUACGACCAAGUGCAAGAUGACAUGAAGAGCACAUCUGAAGCUUUGAAUGCUUUGCAGUUGAAGUACGAUGCCAUCACAGGGGACAUGAACAGCAGUGUAGGGAGCUACAAAGCUGAAAUUGAGAGUCUACAGAGUAAGCGGGAUGAGCUCUCUAAGCGGCUUUCAGACCUUGAAAAGAACCACGCAGAUACGCUCACCGAGCAAUUGAUGACUCAAGAAACGCACGCCAAGACACUCGAAACGCAACAAGCUGAGAUCGAACAAAAGUAUGCUAGCUUGCUAGAGAUCAUGCAAAGCGAUGCAGAUCGACUGGAGCAAGAGAAAUCAGCGGCGCUGUCAGGAAAACAGUCUGCCCUCAAUGAGCUUGCUGCUCUUAAGAAAGAGCUGAACGCUGAAAUUGAUGAACUCAAGAAAGGACAAUCCACGAGAAAUCAGGUUAGCCCAACCGGAACCGAUGAGAUAGCCCAGAAAUACGAGAACCUUCUCGCCGAGAAGGCUGUCGCCGACAAGGAGCAUCAGGAAGCCAUGGCAAAGCUCAAGGAAGCGCUCGCGCAGGACCAUGAGCAGGCACUAUUGAAGCUGCAAUCUGAGUAUACCGCGCUACAGGAAAAGGCCGCCAGGACAGAUCAAGAGCAAAGUGAUGCUAUCGAGCUACUGAAGGAGGAAUUCAGGGCCGGCCAUUCAAACGACAUGCAGGCCCUACAGCAGCAGCUUGAAGCUAUGCAGAAACGACACUCUGAUCUUACGGAGCAGAAGGCAUCCAUAGAUCAUGCACAUGAGGAAGCUAUCAGUGAGCUGAUGGUGGGUAUGGAGGCUAGCACCACCGACGCUUUGCAGCAACUGCGGGAGAAAUACGAUGCUCUCGCCGCUGAGUUAGAAGCAGAACGUCUCCAUCAUGCUAGCGAGCUCGAAGCUGUAAGACGAGAGGCAGCUGAACAGCAAAGCCGAGAUAAAGACACGGCAGGGCAGAGCCAAAGUCCAGAGGCUGUCGAUACCUCCGCAUCGGAUGCGGCGAUAUACGAAGAAAGGCUUCGCGUACUUGAGCGGGAGCGGGAUGAAGCCAUCAGGGCUGCUGAAGAAGCAGAGGAUCGUAUCGAUACCAUGAAAGGCGAGGUUGUGCGCAAGCAUCUAGCACGCGUCGAGCCUCUGGAGAAGGAGAACGCCUUUCUUACCGACAAAAUCGACCGCCUUGAGGCUAUCAUAGCCGCUGGCGAUCGUAUCGCUCGUGCCGCAGCCACCCUAGGCGAGAAGCGCAACAUCAACACUCUGGCCGAAGAAGACGAAGAUGAAGCCGAAGACGCUUGGCCUGGUGCUCAACCCCCUAGACUAAACGGCACCGGUGACCACAAAGACGUGGUCGGAACUCAGAUAGCAGCUAUGCAAGAGUCUCUAAAGCAGCUCGCUGAGCUGAACAACGAAGCAAUCUCCGAGAGCACCAUGACGGCCCAGAAACUCACCAUGGACCAAGAUUAG